AUGCAGCGCCUCGCCUGCGUUAGCGUUGUGCGCCGCAUGGCCGCCGCCUCCAUCGUCUCCGCCGCGGCGUGCCAGGCACCCGCCCGCUUCAGCUCCGACUACGUGAAUAAAGCCGCCAAGAAGAAGGUGGAGGAGGGCGACGAUGAGCGGUGGCUCGAGGCCGAGAUGGAUAAGAACAUCAGCACACCAGAAGAGCGCUACGCCCAUGCUCGUGAGAUCGAGGCGCUCAAGCGUAUGGUGUCUCAGCUCAAGGAAGAGCACAAGGACAACCUUGAGGAGGUGAAGCGUGAUCGAAGCAAGGAGCUUGACCGGCUCAAGGAGGAGAUGAGCGAGCUACAGCAGAAGAUCUCAAACCUGACGGAGAAGUAA